AUGACUUCAAUAAGGGCUCAUGGCCAAAUGGAUAAGGCGCCUGACUACGAAUCAGGAGAUUCCAGACAAAAGAAUAUUUAUCAAUAUGCAACGCCUCAAAAGAAUAUUUAUCAAUAUACAACGCCUCAAAAGAAUAUGUAA